AUGGGCAUCAUUGUAGCUGUUGUGUUCGCAAGCAUACUUUUAUUUGGUUUCUUAAUGUUGCAGUCAAUACAGACCAUGGAUCGACUGGAUGAUCCAAAACAGGGACAACUGGUUGUGAACUUCAGGGAAUAA